GAUCUCAACUUGGGGAAGGUCGAAGAAGAACCCUGCUUCGGAUGCGAACACCAGGAGGCCGUCGAGGUCGGUUGCGUCUUUGUCAUCAACGGCUCGCAGCACGCAUCCAAAGCCAUCGAGGACCAAGACGCACAAUCGCCUCUUUCAUCCUUCAGUCAAAAAGAGGAGCCGUCGAGGUACUCCGUGCGGAUGCCAUCGCCUCCAGAUCGUUGUAUGCAUGAUCGGCACGAGCGAUCUCUGAAGAGCUACUUAAAGGAGCUGCAGAGACAGCCUGGGCAUCUCAAAAGCCAAGUUUGCAUUUCCCGCGGUGAAGAUCCAGCAGCAACGAGCUCUUGGACUUGGACCGGUAUAUUCCGGCAGUACUUUGUGGGAAGGCGAUCUGACCCGCCUGAGCCGUGUUCCUUGCCCAGUCACAGCUUCUCUGUGUUUCAGCGCAAGGAGGAUUAG